AUGACCUCCAACAAAGUCCGCGCCUGGACCUUCACAAACGGCUACCCAUCCACCCUCAAACUCUCGAGCCUCCCAGUCCCCAACGAGACCGAGAUCCUCUCCUCGCAAAAGAAACUGCUCGUAAAAAUCCAAACCUGCGCCCUCAACCCCGUCGACAUCCAAAAGAUGAACAUGCCCAAAUUCUCCUACCCGUGGGUCCUCGGCGACAAAAGCGAGAAACCCUGCGUCAUGGACUUCUGCGGAACCGUCCUCGCCGCGGGUUCCGGGACAGAUUUCCAAAAAGGGGAUGAGAUUUUGGGGUUGACGUUAUCGGGGGGUGUGUUGCAAGAAGUCGCAGUUCUGGAUGCGGGGAUGACGGUCGCGGUGAAGAAACCCGCGUCGUGGAGUUUUGAGAAAGCUGCGGCGGUGACGCUGGUGUGGUUGACUGCUAAAGCGAGUAUUGAAGCUGUUGCGGCUUGGGUUGAGGGGACGAAAAGUAAGAGAGUUGCGGUUUUGGGGGGCAGUUCGAGUACGGGGAUUUUUACGAUUUUGUUGGCGAAGCGGAAGGGGUGGAAGGUUGUUGCGACGAGUAGUGGGAGGAAUAAGGGGUUUGUGGUGGAUGAGCUGAAAGCUGAUGGGCAUGUGGAUUAUACGAAGGAGGAUGUGAGGAAGGGGGUUGCGGAUUUUGGGCCUGAUGCUGUGAUUGAUUGUGUGGGUGGGACGGAGUGUGUUGGGUUACCGUCGAGUAAGAGGUAUGUUUCGAUUGUUGGGGAUAAGACGGGACGGACGAUGAUGGGGGGUCCGUAUACUUAUUAUGAUUGGAUGCACCCCUUCGUUGCGGCGGGACAGUGGUUGAGGUGGGCGAAGGGCGAGAUUGGGUUGGGGGAGAGUUAUGAUGUGACGAUUUUGAAGCCGAAGAAGGAGUGGCUGGAGGAAGCGGUCGAGACUUUGAGGCCGGAGGAGAUAUUUGUGGACAGUGUGUAUAAAUUUGAGGAUGCGAAGGAUGCUUUUGAGAGGCUGAAUACUGGGAGAGCGAAGGGCAAGGUGGUGAUACAGGUUGCAGGCGCUGCAGGUGAGAGGAGCAGACUGUAG